AUGGAGGUGGAAACGGCGAUGCCUCCUCCGGCGACCGAGCUGGAGCACAUGGACUCUGCUGUGCUGGAGCUGGCACACACGGAGCUCUCCUCGCUGCCUGGAAGCGACGCGAAUGGUGCGGCGACCAAGGUGCAGAAGGUGUACCGGAGCUACCGAACUAGGCGCAACCUCGCCGACUCCGCUGUUGUCGUCGAGGAGCUCUGGUGGCAAGCACUGGAGUUCGCGCGGCUUAACCACAACACCGUCUCUUUCUACGACGGCCCGGAGCCGGAGACUGCUGCCUCGCGCUGGAGGCGCGUCAGCGUCAAUGCAUCCAAGGUGGGUCAGGGUUUAUCGAGGGACGGUAAGGCUCUCAAGCUGGCUUUCCAGCACUGGAUCGAGGCUAUUGAUCCAAGACACAGACGCGGGCACAACCUGUAUUUCUACUAUGAUGUCUGGUGCCAGACCCAGGCUGGCCAACCGUUCUUCUACUGGCUUGAUAUUGGUGAGGGAAAAGAUGUAGAUCUUCCGGAAUGUCCAAGGGCUCUGCUGAAGAAGCAAUGCAUAAGAUAUCUUGGUCCACAAGAGCGCGAGUACUAUGAAUACAUCAUUACAGAGGGAAAGAUUACCCACAAGAUGUCUGGAGAACCACUUGAUACAAGCCAGGGCCCUAAAGGGACAAAAUGGAUUUUUGUUAUGAGCACAGCAAAGAAACUUUAUGCUGGGAAGAAAGAGAGAGGUGUAUUCCAGCACUCCAGCUUUUUAGCAGGAGGUGCUACCAUAGCUGCUGGAAGGUUUAUUGCAGAAAAUGCAGUUAUCAAGUCCAUCUGGGCCUAUAGUGGACAUUACAAACCGAGUGCGGAAAACCUUAGCAACUUCCUGAGCUUUCUAGAAGAGAAUGGAGUUGAUCUGAAAGAAGUUGAGGUGUGCUCAUUCACCAAAGAAGACUGCUAUGAAGAUCCGGUGCCUAAUACCAAACAGAACCCUGCUGCUGCUACCAUGUCAUCCAAUCCUUCACAACUGAUUCUCCCUUCCAACAAGGCAUCUGGGGCAUCUUCACAGACCGAAGCUGACGAGGGCAAUAAUCCCCGUGUGGAGCAAGCAAGGGCAACCUACCAAACAACCUUAUCAGGUGGCCUGCAAUGCCCUGGAGAUGCCGGCGUCUCGCAGGAGGCGAUUCUUGAGAGGGUGAAUUCCAUGAGCAAGUCAAAAUCCUACCAGCUCGGCCACAGGCUGUCCCUGAAAUGGAGCACUGGGAAUGGUCCAAGAAUUGGUUGUGUGAAGGACUAUCCAAUGGAGCUCAGAAUACAAGCGCUGGAGAUGGUACAGCAGUCUACAACUCUCACCAAGGGCAUCGACUCCUCUGGCCUCGUGGAUGGUACCGACAGGCCUCUUGCCCACCUUGCAAAUGUCGCCGCUCGUGCCAGUGCAGACCUCCCUGCCCUAGCCAAGUAA